UCUUAAGUUCACACUUGAACAAGUAUGGGUGUGGUUGGAGCUCUCAUAAUUUUCCUUUCAGCCACUCUGUGUCUCUAUCUUCUUCAGGUGAUCAUUAAGUUCCUUUGUAAGGUAUGGUUCACUCCAAUUGGCAUACAGAAUAUGAUGAGUUUACAGGGAAUUAAAGGCCCCCCUUACAGAUUCCCUCAUGGGAGCACCAAAGAGAUUUCUGACAUGAGAAGCCAGACAAUGGGUAAACCCAUGGACAUAUCGCACGACAUAUUCCAAAGGAUUCAGCCUCAUGUUUAUUCCUGGACACAGAUUUAUGGGAUGAAUUUUCUUAAUUGGCAUGGUUCACAAGCCCAACUGUUUGUUACGGAACCAGAGCUUAUUAGAGAAAUCCUUAACAACAAAGAAGGUGCUUAUCCAAAAAUGGACAUGGAAGGCUAUGCAAAAAAACUGUUAGGAGAAGCACUUAUAACAAAUGAAGGUGAAAAAUGGGCAAAGAUACGGAAAUUGGCAAAUCACACUUUCCAUGCAGAGAGUUUGAAAAGUAUGAUUCCAGAAAUGAGCAUCAGUGUCGAGAUGAUGCUAGAAAGGUGGAGACAUUAUGAAGGAAAAGAGAUUGACGUGUUUAAAGAAUUUGGGGUAUUAACUACUGAAGUGAUUUCCAGGACAGCUUUUGGUAGUAGUUUCUUGGAAGGAAAGCAUAUAUUUGAGAUGGUGGCCAAGUUGACUGCAGUAACUGUUAGAAAUAUUUAUAACAUAAGGCUUCCUGGCAUCAGCCAAAUAUUUAGGACUGAAGACGAGAUUGAAGCAGAGAAACUUGAACAAGGAAUAAAGAAGUCCAUCCUAGACCUUGUAAAGGAAAGAAAGACAGUGAAGAACGUUGAAACUGACAGCUUUGGUAGUGAUUAUCUUGGACAACUUGUUAAACUUGCUCAUGAAUCUGAUCAUAGCAAGAGAAUUACACUGGCACAAAUGGUUGAUGAGAUCAAGGCAUUGUAUGGUGCUGGACAUCUAACAACAACAAAUUUACUUGCUUGGAGUGUUUUUCUUCUUGCAAUCCAUACGGAUUGGCAAGAAAAAGCAAGGAAGGAGGUGAUUGAGUUAUUUGGUGACAAAAAUCCAAGUUCUGAUGGAAUUGCCCGACUGAAAACUAUGAACAUGAUCAUUAAUGAAUCUCUCAGACUCUAUCCUCCUGUGCUUACUCUGACAAGGAAAGUUGAGAGGGAAGUUAAAUUGGCGGACCUCAAACUUCCUCCUAAUAUAAAUGUGUUCAUUUCAAUUCUAGCACUUCAUCACAACCCUCAAAUAUGGGGCAAAGAUGUCCAUUUAUUUAAACCUGAGAGAUUUGCAGAGGGGGUUGCAAAAGCUAGCAACAAUAAUGCUACAGCAUUUUUCCCAUUUGGUAUGGGACCUCGAACUUGCGUGGGCUUGAACUUUACCACCAACGAAGCAAAGAUUGCGCUUUCAAUGAUUCUGCAGCGGUACAAGUUCACUAUGUCACCAAACUAUGUCCACUACCCGGCUGAUGUUUUCAUUCUCACCCCAAAAAAUGGAGUUCAAGUCAUCCUCCAAGCAAUUUGAUGUCAAAAAGAUGUUAAAAUGUGUAAACAAAUGUAUUUUAUUAUGUUGAUUUGUGUGUCUGUUAUGCUUUGGUGUGGCAACAACUAUGAUGUACAGAAUUGGU